AGCAAAGAAAUGCAAAUCGGAAACCAGACUUCUGUGCCUCACUUCAUUUUGGUGGGCCUGCACCACCUGCCACAGCUAAGGACACCGCUCUUCCUAGCUUUCCUUCUCAUCUACAUCCUCACCGUCUCUGGCAAUGGGCUCAUCAUCCUCAAUCUUGUGGACAUCCGGCUCCACAGUCCCACGUACUGGUUCCUAUGUCAUCUCUCCUUUUUGGACAUGACCAUUUCCUCUGCCACUGUCCCCAAGAUGCUGGCUGGCUUUCUCUCAGAUAGUAGAGUUAUCUCCUUUGGGGGCUGUGUAAUCCAGCUGUUUUCUUUCCAUUUUCUUGGCUCCACUGAAUGCUUCCUUUACACAUUCAUGGCUUAUGACCGGUUCCUGGACAUCUGCAAGCCUUUGCACAAUGCUACCAUCAUGACCCAUCGUGUCUGUAAUUACCUGGCUUUGGGAUCCUGGCUGGGAGGAACUAUUCACUCACUUUUUCAAACAAGUUUCAUAUUCCGGUUACCCUUCUGUGGCCCAAACCAAGUUGACUACUUCUUCUGUGACAUUCCGGCUAUCCUCCGUCUAACCCAUGCAGACACCACCAUCAACGAGCUGGUCACUUUUGUGGACAUUGGCUUCCUGGCUCUCACCUGCUUUAUGCUCAUCCUCACCUCCUAUGGCUACAUUGUGGCUGCCAGCUUGCGAAUCCAGUCCGUGGACGGGUGCCACAACGCCUUCUCCACCUGAGCUGCCCACCUCACAGUUGUCAUUGUGUACUAUGUGCCCUGCACCUUCAUUUACCUGUGGCCUGGUUCACAGAAGCUGGAUGGGGAGGUGGCGGUUUUCUAUAUGAUCAUCACUCCCUUGCUUAACCUCAUCAUCUACACACUCUGUAACAAAGAAUUGCAGAGAUUGGGAGCCCUCAAAAAAGUAUGGCUUCUCUGA